AUGCCGCGAGUCCCAUCCUCUGCCUUCUUUCGGGCUGUCCCCACUACGACCAAGCUCUGUCUUAAGUCGAACGGUCCUAUAAAAGCCCAAUGGCUCCUGCAUCGCCCUGGGAAGGUUUCUCUACCUCGAAAUCUUUCCCAGCGACUCUAUUCUUCUGAAGCUGCAUCGCCAUUUCCUCCUCAGACAUCUAAGCCUCGGUCCCGUCUACGCCGAUUUGUGGGCUUUACAUCCAUUGCAUUAAUAGCCUUCACUGCCGGACUCGUUUACCAAACCCAAAAAACCGUUUCUCGCAUGAUGACGGUCACUCUGCGUACAGAUGAGGAAUCCCUCACUGCAUUCGUCCCCCCCGACCAGUUCUCGCAGGAGGUCGACGAAUUCAUCCGUACCCAUCCGAUAGCCGUGGCGCUGCGGGAGAACCCUGCCUUCACCGAGUCCCGGCCGCAUUUGAAAAUCCCCGCUGAACUGCGCGACCGCCAUCUGACGGCGGGCACACUUUCGGGUCCAGAUCGAAUUGUUGUUCCGCCACAUGUUUUUUCUGAAAAGGAUGGAAAGAGCCUGGUUUCAAUCUUCUACCUCGGUUCCGCCAUCAGUGGUCACCUGGGAAUUGUCCACGGCGGCCUUUUGGCCACACUGCUCGACGAGGCGAUGGCACGGUGCUGCUUCCCCGCUCUGCCGAAUAAGGUGGGCGUAACGGCCAAUCUAAACAUCGACUACCGGCGCCCUGCUAUGGCGGAGGCCUAUGCUGUUCUGCGGGCUGAGACUGUGAAGGUCGAGGGUCGUAAAGCCUGGGUGGAGGCGCGCAUUGAGACUCUGCCGAAGGAGGGUGAGGAGCCCGCGGUUUUGGUUGAGGCAAAGGCUUUGUUUAUAGAGCCCAAACAAGCUGCGGCCAUGUCGAGUUUAUACAAUAUCACUAACUAG